UUUUACGCACCCAGACACUGGACUUGACCCAUUCAAAGCUUUGCUCACAGCAUUAAUAACAGCAGGCAAAUAGCACUCUCUUCAUUGGUCCCCCAUGCUUGCUCUGGGUUUUUCCACUGGUGCCGUGGCUUUGCUGCUACAAGUGUCGCAAUUGUCUGGAUUUUUGGACACAUGACAAGCAUUCUGCACAUCUGUAUUUCCAGAUUCCUGUUAGACAUCCUGAGCGCAUGGCUUCGGUGGGGGUUUCAGCUCAACCAUGACGUGCUGUCAGGUAGAUUUGCCAGCUCGACAGGAAUUCAAGUUUCUAAAGGAGAAAUGCGAUAGUGAACUCUUUCCGCAUGCCCCCCAGGGUCUGACUAUAGGCUGCUAGACUCAUUUUACAACUAGCUGAACUGAUAGUGAUGAAACAGGAUGGCGACUAAAUAACUUCAUGAAGGAGAAACGAACAAACAGCCCCAUGGAAUCAAAGGGAGGAUGCAAGUUCCAGGAAAGGAGGCACUGUGCAGGCAGGAGUCUAACCACCUGUACAUUGGUGGUUUCACCUGGGCUCAUUACAGCAGUCUCAAAUUUCAUUGCUUUUGUAGCUCCACCUGCCACGGUCUCUGCAGAUCAGCUUUGCCUCAAGACAGAGGGAGGACAGGCGUUCCUGUCGGCAGCACCUACCGAGAGCUCCAGCCAUCGGAGGAGUUUUCAGUCAGUAAGGAGGGCUCCAUUUGAAACAGCUGGAUGGCACGGCGCUGCUGUCGCUUCAGAAACAUCUUGAUCUGUGUGUGUACACAAUGCUGCUGCCUGAUCUUGUUCUACGUCUACGCCGCCCUCGCCAUUUUGCUACACAUGAAGUCUGUGUUAUCUGGAGAGAUGCCAAUGGUCUCCUCGAAUCUGGCAAGCCGCCAUUUUGUUGCCUCGGGUACUUCGAGCAACGACAGCAGUCCCUCCGUCCCUCAGACCUUCUGGGAACAGCAUACGCAAAGCGACGCCUUGUGGAACCAGCUCCAACGGCACGUUGACCUCCAUUUCAACCCCAUCCUGCGCCCUGAAAAAUCCAGUACGUUUCUAGAACGGAGCAUCUUUGAUGAGUCCUUGCUGCACCGAAGCUACUUCGAAGUUACUGGCAUGGACAAGGUGAGGGACGCUGUUGAGAAGCUACCAAAGCAGAUACAAGAAUUUGCAAGCUACAUGAAUAGGAGGGAUUAUCCUAUUCUCAUUCAUCCAGAUGGAGAUUGUGGAGCUCAGUCAAAGCGUGAGGAGGAGCCCCCUCUGAUUCUUUUUGCCAUCAAGUCGACGGUACUGAACUUUAGGAAUCGACGUGCUAUUCGGCAGACUUGGGGCCGUGUUGGGUGGGUGGAGGGACAGAGGACUAACAGCAGCGAUGGAGAAGUAGGUGGAGGGUACAUCCGCAGGGUAUUCUUGCUAGGCAAAGAAACCUCAGAAGACCUAGGUGUAGACGUAUCCCAUAUACUAAGAGCAGAGAGUGAACGUCACGGAGACAUUCUGCAGUGGGACUUCCAGGACACUUUUCUCAACCUGACUUUGAAGGACGUGCUCUUCUGGAGCUGGUUCUCGCGCCGCUGCAGCCAGCCUCUCUUUGUCUUUAAGGGAGACGAUGACGUCUUCGUCAACACCCCAAAGCUGGUCGCCUACCUCCGUCAUCAGUUAGAGAAGCAGCGGUCCCUCCACACCAUGGACGAAUUCAUGGUCGGCGAGGUCAUAGGGUCCGCUUCACCUAAUCGAGUGAAGAGAUCCAAGUAUUUUAUCCCAGCCGGCUUUUACAGGGGGCGCUAUCCCUCAUACGCAGGGGGAGGAGGGGUGGUGUACUCAGGUGGGUUGGCUCGGCGCCUGCACAACAUCUCCAAAACGAUCCACCUGUUUCCCAUUGACGACGUCUACGUAGGGAUGUGCAUGAUGCGUCUCAACGCCCACCCAGUCCACCACCCUGCCUUCCUCACGUUUGACUUCAGAGCGAAGGAGGAGGCACAGCCUUGUUCAUACCACACCGUCCUCCUGGUCCACAAGCGAAGCCCCAGAGAGGUAGUCGACCUGUGGGCCCACAUACAAAACACCAGCAAACAAUGUCAGGGUGUGCCCCUGAGGGCUGACCGGAAGACACGGGUGAGAACCUCACCUCCACCGAGCGCAUAAACGUAGCUCCUGGCUUUGGGCCGAUAAAGCGAUGGGGAAAACAAAAACGUGUUAGUUCUUCGACGUGAAAGCUGCUACAACCCACUACAGUAGUGGAUAACGAAAAUGUUGAAACCCUUGGUUGAUGUCCAGUAAAUGUCACGGCUCAGAAAACACUGCCUAUCGGUGUAUUACUGACACCCAUGUGCUAUUUAGAUUAUAUGUGCUAUUGAAUUCACUGCUUAGUUAGAUUUCCUGUAACAUCUUCACACUCCGCUGGCAUGUCCAGCCAGUGCAGGAUCGCCGCGCUGGACUUGGUUCACUUACAGAACAAGAUUUACAUCUGCUUAAUUACAUGUGAUAACUCACUUUUUUUU